CGGAAGUAGCGGCGGGCUCUUCCGGCGGAGGGUCGCGCCACGCGGGGCCGCGCGGAGGUCGGAGCGGAGCGAGAAGCGGGACGGCCGCCGUCGCCAUGGAGACCGAAGCGGCGGACGAGAGCGGCUUCACGAGCGUGGCUUCCAAGCGCGGGCGACGGAAGCGGAAAGCGGCGGGCGCGGAGCCGAUGGAGGCGGCGGAGGCGGCGGGGCCGCGGCCCAGCAAGAGGCCCGCCUUCCCGCCGCUACCCGCCGAGGCGCUGGGGGUGGGGAAAGGGGAGGUGAGGAAGGUGCCGGUGCCGGCCAACAGGUACACCCCGCUGAAGGAGAACUGGAUGAAGAUAUUCACGCCCAUCGUGGAACACCUGCAGCUCCAGAUCAGGUUUAACUUAAAGACGAGGAACGUCGAGAUCAAGACCUGUUCAGAGACAAAGGACCUCAGUGCUCUGACCAAAGCAGCUGACUUUGUGAAAGCGUUCAUACUUGGCUUCCAGGUGGAGGAUGCUCUUGCUCUCAUCAGACUAGACGACCUUUUCCUAGAAUCGUUUGAAGUUACAGAUGUGAAACCGUUGAAAGGAGACCAUCUGUCAAGAGCAAUAGGGAGAAUAGCAGGGAAAGGUGGAAAAACGAAAUUCACAAUAGAAAAUGUAACAAGAACACGGAUCGUUCUGGCUGACUCGAAAAUUCAUAUUUUAGGAUCUUUUCAGAACAUUAAAAUGGCACGAACAGCAAUCUGCAAUCUAAUUUUAGGAAGUCCACCAUCAAAGGUUUAUGGCAAUAUUAGGGCUGUGGCCAGCAGAGCGGCUGAAAGGUUCUGAGGUGCAGCGCUGCUGCUUUACCAAGGACCCUGGCUGGGGAGUGCGGGCACUGCGUGCACACACUGCGUGGUGGCAGAGGCUGUGGAAGCACGGGGCCUGCUGCCGGACUGGGAGGCGCAGGAGAAAAAUGGGACUGUUCGUGCAGUCUGAUAGCCUCCAGGCAGGCUGCCUGAUACAAAUACGAUCUGUGUACAGCCAUUAAAAGCUAUUCUAAAAUUGCUGUGUAUCUAAAGUGGUAUACUGAAGCAUGGGUGCCCGAUUCUGCUUUAUUCUCAAGCCAAAACGUGACCGAGAGUGACUUUCUGAUGAUCCAAGUAUUACAAGACUGUUCACACGACCUGAGCAAGCCUAUACGUGUGGAGCUGAAAGCAAUCAGCAGCGUAAAGUGUUCCUGACCACAGACCAUGGGUCAGCACCUUUCUGUAAAAAGGAAGUGCCAGUUUCAGUGCCAAGUGUAAGAGCAGGCUGCUGGAAGAGUCUGCUACUGCAACAGUGCAGCACAGAAAGAGACAACAUGGAGACAAAGGUGAACAGAUUUGCACUUAGUUUUAGAAUGUGCGCUUACCUGGAUUCUUGUUCUGUUCUCAUGAACAAUCUGCAAGGGCCUCCUAGGAGUGAUGCUAAGAACGUCCAGCAGGUGCGUGCUGAUACUGACCUGAGCUCUGGGCAGCCCAAAGCAGAACACCCAGGCAUCUUCAUGGGCUGCCCCUAGGGUGCAGGAAGCAAGAGGCUACACGAAAAGCAACAGCAAACAGCUCCUGGGCUGCUUCGUGAGGGGCAUUCACCUACAGACAAGGAGGGCUGCUUUCACCAGCAGAGGUCUUGGAUUUGCCUUGAGAAAGGAAGCUGCCAGUUUCCAGCUGCAGUAAGGUUAGGGGUUUUUUGUUUGUUUUCAAAUCACACAGCAUUGAUCAUUCUGAGUUCAGUACCACUUCUACAAGGUGCUUGAUCUAACUGGGAUACUCAAGCAGAGAUUCAGAUGUGCCUUCACGAAAAAUACAGGAGCGGUCUUGAAGCACUAGAACAAAGCUCAGAAGUGUUCAGACAACUGCACCCUGCACAGCUGUCACUCGGUCUCAGCAGCUAAGGGACAAACACUACCAACAGCAACUUGCUGCUGGAGCAGGGCCCAGAGCUGCCUUGGGUUUAUGGGGAGGCGUCCAGGUAAGUACCGAAGCACCCAAAGCAAGGUUCAAAUAUUUUAUUUUGUAUUCGUAUAGUAUGAAGGUUCUUAUAGUUCCCACAACGUAUGAUGUAGCAUGCAGAGGAAAAACUAAACAUUCAACAUAAAUCAUUUUUCCCCACACAAACUAAAAAAAAAAAAA